AUGGAGGACGACAAAAAGAAAUCCAGUUAUGGAGGUCAUUCAGUUCUUUCCUUCCAGAUCGAGCAUGACAUGCAAAACAUAAAAAUUGUGGAGAAACUAAGAAUGGGAAGCAAGAAGGACAGAGUAUACAGUGGUUCAAUGAUGGACGAUAAGCCUCAUGGCAUGAUUUAUGAUAACGGCCGGGUACUCAUCGGAAAUUGGGCACAUGGAGUCUUCCAAGGCCAAGGAUGUGCAAUCUAUGAGAACGGGGAUAAGUGUUUUGGGUCCUUUUUGAAGGGCAUGGCGGAUGGCUACGUAACUUACAUGACAAAGUUCUCCAAGUACGUUGGUGAUUUCCAAGAGAAUACCCGGCAUGGGAACGGAGUCUAUAAUGACAUUCAAAUGGGCUUAUACAAUGGUGACUUUGUCGCUGGUAGGUUCGAAGGCCUUGGUGUGCAUACAGCAAUGAAUGGGAACAUCACAAAAGGACGUUUCGAGAACUGGAAAAUCAAAAAUAAAGCAGCCACUAGCAAUGAGGCUGACGUCAAGAAAGCCUGCUCGAAGAUGUAA